AUGAGGACUCAUUCAGCUGUCAUAUCAUGUAUUUUUGGCUACACCCUAGCCCACGGUGUAGUCACAAAGAUCACAGGAGCCAAUGGCGUCGAGAUGCCCGGCCUGUCAGUCGCGGAUGGCACGCCUAGAGACUGCUCCUCCAACGGCUGCGGCUCCCAAGCCGACACCGCCAUCAUCCGCGACAGCGACAUCCAGUCGGGCGCCGCUGGUCCUCUAGGCCGCACCCAAGGCGGAGGGCCCAUUGACGCCGCCCAGAUGAUCAAGGUGUUCAUGGGCACGGCCAACGCUGCCACGGCGCCUCAGAACAGCGCCAGUUCCGGAGUGGGCCAGGAGGACAAUAUUGGUGCCACAACGGCGGCGGUGGGGGGCGGGAAGCGCGGUAACAAGGGGCGACGCCAGCUCUUGGGCGGACUCGCUGGGCUUCUCGGUGGUGGCGGGGGUGGUACGGAUGCUCAGGGUUCCCAGAGUACUGGCCCGCCUGAGACCAUGGUCAAGACCACUGCUGGCACAGGUGCGCAGAAGGGCUUGCCGACUGCCAACGAGGACGGCACGGUAGACCUGACCUUCCGCCAGAUCAACCAAGACGGGGCUGGACCUCUCGAAGCCAUGGUGGACGGAACCUCGGGCGGCACAGAGAUGUCCGCCUUCCAAGAGGCCGAGGUUGUCCAGGACGUCCCUGGCCUUGUGGCGGGUCUUUCGGCGGCAACCAUGACCGAUUUCCCUGUCAAGGUCCAAAUGCCACAUGGCAUGACCUGUGAUGCCACCGUCGGGGGCGCCCAGAAUGUCUGCGUCGUGCGGGUGCGCAACAAUACCCCAGCUGGUCCCUUUGGCGGGUCUGCUGCCUUUACCCAGACAGCCGCUGCUCGCAAGAGGGCGAUCGAGUACCGCAUUAAGAUGCGCAAGGCUCGUGGGGUUUCCACCUAA